GGGGUGCCGGGAGCUGUAGUUCCCCCCAUCCCCUCCCAGCCCGGCCAUGGAGGUGCCGGCGGCCGCGGAGCGCAACAAGGGCCCGAUCCUGGCGGUGCUGCGGGAGUGCGCGGGGCGCGGAGCCCCCGCGGGGGCGGCGCUGCGGGUGCUGGAGGUGGGCGCGGGUGCGGGGCUCCACGCCGCGCACUUCGCCCGCGCCCUCCCGCACACGCGCUGGCAGCCCUCGGACAUCGACCCCCGGGCCCUGCGCAGCAUCUCUGCCUACGUGGAGGCCACGGGGCUGCCCAACCUGCUGCCCCCCAUCGUGGUGGAUGUCUCGCAGGGCUGGGAGACGUGGGGGGGCACCCAGCCUGCCUCCCUCGACCUCCUUGUCAGCAUCAACAUGAUGCACAUCGCAGAGCUGCGCUGCACCCAGGGCCUGUUCAAGGGUGCUGGGGUGCUGCUGAAGCCCGGAGGAGUGCUCUUCACCUAUGGGCCCUACGCCGUGGAUGGACAGAUCAGCCCCCAGAGCAACGUGGACUUUGACCGCAGCCUGAGGCAGAGGAACCCUGCCUGGGGCCUGCGGGACACGGCGCUGCUGCGGGAACUGGCCGAGGCCAACGGGCUGCGCCUGGAGAGGAUGGUGGACAUGCCGGCCAACAACAAGAGCCUCAUCUUCCGCAAGCUGUAACUGCCCGGACCUCCAGCACCUCCCGGCACUGCUGCCCCCACUGCUGCCUCCUCGAGGGGUCCCAACGUCCCCCCACAGGUGCCAUCUGGGGACAGCAGUGAUGGGUCAGUGCCACACUUGCCCCAGCUGGGGCUGGCCUGGCUAGGGGGUCCAUCUCCCCCAGUGCCUUCUCUCUUUGCAGCAGAGUGCCACAGCCUGGACCAGAGGAGGACAGGCAUGGGGGGCACAGGUGUGGGAGAGGGGGCACAGCACCCCUGGGUAUGGGGGAGACUUCUUGCUCGGUUUGCUCCAAGGAUGCUGUGCUGAUGGCAGGGGGCCCAUCAUCCUUCCCCCUUUCCCAGGACUGUGCUGUUCCCCCAAUAAACUUUGUGGCUUUGGCUCCCCCCUGA